AUGCGGCCUGCUCCGAUCCAUCAUGUAAUGGCGGCGAAGCAGUCAGAUACUUCGGACAAAACCCUUCCGUGGGGCUUGUCCCCAGAAGCGUUAGCUCCAGGAUCAAUGAAAGUAAGCCGAAAUUGAUAUUCAUAGUUCUUCCUCUGGCAUCCAUCCUCGAAAUUUUUCAUGUUUGACGUGUUCAAAUUUAAUGUUUGCGAGAUGUGAUCUCGUCCGAGUGGUAUGUUUCUAAAAUACAGUUUAUCUCUGCAGACAAUUUCGCAAAGCAAACUGAAGUCCUUUUCUGUUGGUAUGAUGAAUGCUGGCUUGAAGAAACCUUCGAAAUCAAAGCAAGAUGUUGAAGAGAAGAAAAAGGUUCGAGUUUAAGUAUAUCUAAGUUUUUGGUAUUUACUGUUUUGUAAUUGGCGCUCCUCAUAUCAUGAUCUUAGCAUCAGGCUGAGCUUGUAUGGUUUUCCGAAACUGAAACACGAAACGAUCAUUCAUUUGAUUGAAUGGUUAAUGAGCAGCUCGAGAUUAUUUAUGUAACCUUUCCUCGGUUUGACACUUUCUCAAAGUAGGUCAUAUUAUUAUUCGUUCCCCCUUAUGGAACGCUUGAUUCCGAUAGUCUGUUUUAUUCUAGUGAAAAUCUUCCACUAGAGGCGGCAUUCCGAAAGGGCGAUCUUAAGGCAAAACACCCGAUUCCUUAUACCUUAAGUGUAGAAAUUGUGAUUCCAACAUCUUCCAUUUGAGAAGAACUCAUCAGAUACAUGUAGCAUUCUGACCAGUACAAAUUGGUUAAAAGUGAGAUUUCCAGUACCGUGUAAAUGAUCUACUAGGGUUUCUGAUGCCAGUUAUAAUUAAGGGUCCAAAUUCAAAAUUCUAACAGAGGCUGUUCAGCAUGGUUCUCCAAAAAAAUUAACGUAGACAGAGAAAGGUUGAAAGCUGUAGUGUGUUGCGAUUGGGUAGUGCAGGGCCCCCCUUAGGUCAAGUCUAUUUCAGUGCCUUUUGAGUGACCAUGGAUAGAAUUUUAGCCAUGAGGAUGGUACCUAUUAAUUUAUUUACCCAUAUUUGCUGUAGUUUACAGCAUCGGUUUAUUUUUAUUUAACAGGUUAUGAGAAACAAAUACAACAGAUUUAUUAUCCCAAUAAAAUGUAAUUUAAUGUGAGUAACAGGUGCUUUGGUGAUGACAAGGUGGGGAAUUUUCACAGGUCACUUGAGCGUUCAGGGAUUCCUGCUGUUCAAAUUGGGUUGUAAUAAGUGUUGAUUGUUAUUGUGGGCUCGGAUAGUGGGAAAAGACUGGCAACUUACUUGUCAGAGUACUUUACCUCUAUACGUUGGCUGCUAGUAUUGUAAUUUCAAAGGUGACCAUUAUGAGGAGGUUUGACUGUUUUGCAACAGAUAGGCUUUCAGUGUGAUAAUAAAACUGUCCAUUUAUCUGUACAGUUUUCAGGUCUUUGUUAGGAAACUCAAUGUGUGUAUUAUUACUGUCUCUGACUUGAAUCAUUGGUAGAUACAUGUGCGAGGGCUAAUCUUGCCUUUUGCAUGGUUGAUGAAAGUGUUUGCCCACAGUAAUUUCUCUGGAUUCAUUGAAUAAUACUAACCAAAUGUUUGUUCAUGCUCUAUGUACUUUUUUGUGACCAUUUUCAGAUAAGAUUUAUGUUUUUGUCCUUAUUGUUUUCUCAGAAAGAGGCCGUGGAAUGCGCUGAAGUAUUUGCAGAUUUCGUGGCUUCCUUUGAAGACUCGAGGGCUGCUGGAAAAACAUUUGUGCGUGGUAAUACAAUCAAUCCUGAAACCAAAGGUGUGUUUUAUAGUAUUGCUUUUUAGUCUCCUAGUUAUUGAAAGUAAUCAAAUAUGACUUCAUGUAGUAGAAAUGCUUGUGCCCCUAGCACACAGAAUCCAAAAUGCAUGCACUCACCUAUUGGUGGUUAGUUACAAUCAGUGAUCAGUGGAGAACUUUGUGAUGUUGCUGAUGUCACAUUUCAGUGUAGUUGAAGAGCAUGAGUACUCUUAAUAUUUGUUUCUGUUCUGAAGCUCCUUUAUUUCAUUGGGUUUUAAAAUUUAAAAUAAAAUUUUUACUUUUUUCACAGAGGAAACUGCUUCAUUAAAGGCAGGAGCAUUGUACAAACCCAUGGCAAAGGUGACUGCAGCUGUCAUGGAAGAGAAAAUCAAAACUGAAUUUUCCCAACCAAAGCUGGUAGGUGAAACCAGGGUUCGAAAUUUAAUUUCAUAUCCAGUCGCCCCAAGACUUGGUUUGGUUGCCCAUGGAAUAUUGUGGUUGUCCGAGUCAACCGCUUAGCCCAGCUUAAUCCAAGAAAGUAAAACUCUGAGGUAGCUCAAGUUAUUAACAGUUUUUCACAAUAAAAUGUCCCUCUUUUGUUUCAUGUGUUUUUUUAUCCCUCAAGGUGAAAACUGCUGUUGCCUGUCUGGCUUCCAAAUGUGGAUUUAUUUUUGAAAACUGUCUGUGAUAACUACAAGACAACGUUUUCUUUUGCAACAAAUUGCAGUCCCACUUGCGCAGUCCUCGCUUGGAAAGAAUCAUGCGAAAAGGGCAUGACAUGUGACGGAGACUCCCUUGCGCCCAUUACUUUUUUGCUCUCUCUACAAUGGAGUCCUCCAUGACUCUUUAAAUGUCUCAUAACAAACACUCUUUUUGAGCUUUCUAAAGAUUGAACCUCUACUCUGCAGUAGCUUCCAAAUUGCACUAGUGAGGGAGGCUCAUACAUUUUCUAUUUUACAACUGCACAAAGAAUCAAUGGGUAAUAAAAGACAGGGAAGAAGCAUGGCUAUGACGUGGAGCACAUCUCACUGCAGUGCAUCAUGGGCUACAUUUGCAUACAUAAACUGCUGGUUAAAGCAUCACAGGCUCGUUCAGGCCAAACGUUGAGUUUGGAGUCUACUUUUUUCUGUGUUUGCUUUACUUUCAACUAACUUAAAGGUCUCAUGAACCCUUGCAAGGCAAAAACCUGCGAUAUUUGUUUGGAGACUAAUACCUCAGCAGAUUGAGUUUUUUGUGGGGCAACUACUCAGCACAAAUUAGUUGCCCCAUUGACAAUUUUGGUUGUCCAGGACAAUUGGACAGCCGUUAAUUUCGAACCCUGUGAAACAGGUUUUUUAAAAAGGAAGACACAGUUUAACAAUGUCCACAGAUUUAAGUUUUACUUUAAAUUGUGUGCACUAUAAAGUGAUAUUGAAACCAAUUCAUUGAAUGUCUUUCAGGAAGUUAAGAAGAAAACCAAAGAAAAAGAGAAGAAGAAGAGUAAUUUGGAACUAUUUAAAGAAGAAUUAAAAAGGUGGUUUGUCUUGUUUCUUUCUCUGAGAUUUCUUUUUGGAUAGCUCUCUGUGGAUCUUUUACAGUGUUAACACAUUUUUAGUUUGACAUUUUAUGUUGUUAUUUUUAGACAUCAGAUGGAAAGAGAGAUAAGACACAAGAUUAAAAAGGGUGAUAUAGCUGAUAUUCCAAGAGAUGUACUUGAUAAAAUGGCACCCUCACUCCUAGUGGCACCAAAAGGUACAUUCUUCUAUUGCUGUGACUUUUUUCAGAAUUAAAAGUUCAAAAUGUUAAUUGUUAUUAUUUAUAUUAUCAUUUUUAAACCUAUAAACCCUUCUUCAUGUUUAUGUCAGACAUGCUCAUGCAUCCUUGAAAAGCAGCUUAGUUAGGCAUAAUAGAUCUUUGUUUUCUUUUUAAUGUUGUAUGCUGGACUAAUUUUUACCUUGUUUAAGAAACGUUUUUUAUUUUUCUAUCAACACGUGUAUGCCCAUUUCACCAUCAAAUGAACAAAAUUGUUUGCAUUUGCAGCUUUUGUGCUUUGGCACUCUUUUCAACUUCAUUGCACUGGGAAUUCCAAAGCAAUGCUUGAUGUUGAAAUUGAGUGCUUUGACAUAAACGUAGGAAAGGGAUAUUUAUUUUGAUUUUAUAUUUUAUCAUUAUUAGUUUAUUCUCCUCCUGCUGUGUUGAAUAGGUUUUAUCUCCCCACAGUUUAAUUUAAGUUGUUUUGGUUUUCCCUCCCACCAGUGGUCGUCGAUAUAAUCAUUCAUUUCAUCAUUGGCUUUUGCAUUUUUAACCCUGUUAACUAUGAAGUGUGAAAAUAAAUUAUUUAUUACUUAUAUUUUUUAGAGGAAACUUUUUCAUAUGGAUCACAUGACACAGGUGAUCCUUCAACAACAAACUUGUACAUUGGAAACAUCAACCCAGCAGUAAGGAAAUACUUUUUUCAUCAGCAUUGAAAUUAUUUUUAUAUUUACAAACUCUUCAUUUUUGUUACUUUAUUAAGAAGAGCUGUUCCUUAUGUCAACAUUGCUUCCCUGUAACUUGUGUUAAUUGCAGUGAUAUUGCAAGGGAAACCGCAAUAAUGAUUAUUAGUAAAAUCCAACUAGUGGUCUAUUAUCAAUGCUGCAUUAUGAUUGGUUGAGCUACUACUAGGCUAUAUGUUAUAGCCCACUAGUAGCGAAAAGCACCGGCUUUGAAAACCAAAACAAUGGCGGCUGAAUCGUGUUUUGCUAGCUAAGGUUGUUUUGUCUCGAUAUUUUUGACCAACUAGUUGGAUUUUACUAAAACAAUAUUCCUCUCGCCCUCAUGGCCUCUGAGUCAAUAGCCCAUUCGGCCUUCGGCCUCAUGGGCUAUUGACUUAGAGCCCAUUCGGGCUCGAGGAAUAAUUGUUAAGUAUACUGCAGGGUGCGAAGAAAGUCAGUUUUACAGCUUGGCCAUAGCAAGCACAUACUAGCCCGAGAGUCAUUUUAACUAGCCGGAUAAAUAAUUAAUGAUUAGUCAUUAAUUAAUUAUUAAUUACUUCCUUAAUCAUAAUUAUAACAAAAGUGUCAAAUCUGAUUGGCUAUCAACUGCCCUGAUUUCAGCCUUAAUUGGACAGUUUAAUUGGACAGUUCGGCGCGUCGGACUCGCAAUCCGGCGGUCCCAGGUUCGAGUCCCGCUCCAGCCAGUUGCUGGAUUUGUUCUUGGUCGUCCCGAGUUCAUAUCCUUGGCCACGCUUGUAAAUAACCAACUGGUUGCCUCCUGCCAGUUGGGGUUUUAAAUCCUGUUAUGUUGUGUUUGAAUUAUUUGUUUUCUAAGUAUUUACUGAUUGUAAAGUGCUUUGCAUCACUAAGAGAAAGGCGCUAUAUAAAUUUUUAAAUUAAAUUAAAUUAUUAUCACAAAUUUUGUUAAAGUUAUGAUUAAUUGGUAACAGAACUUUGUGUCGUCCAAAUAUUCAGUCUGUAAUCAUACUCAUGAUUAAACUCCCGCUACGGGGUCAUCCGAUUUUGUUAUUCACUCGUAUGAUUACAGACCAAAUUGGACUCCACUCAGUCCUGUUACCAUUACUUAUCAAUUCAUUCAAAAAAUAACUGUAAUAAUUUCUCUUUGUCAAAUCAGCUUGAAAAACAGAUUUCGAUCCGCCACAGAAUUUACUAGCCUGAUCGCAAAAUCCACGAGUCCCGGGCUAUUCUUUGCAAGCUAUUACUGGUUUUACAUGUUUCUGCAUGUCUAGUUUAGAGGGCCUGAAAUUCUCACUUGCCAUUACUUCAACUAUCUGUUGUUUUUUGUUAGAUGACAGAGGAGAUGUUGAUGAGGCUUUUUGGCAAGUAUGGUCCUCUAGCGAGUGUGAAAAUCAUGUGGCCCAGAACAGACGAAGAGAAAGCUCGUAACAGAAACUGUGGCUUUGUUGCAUACAUGAGAAGAAAGGAUGGUGAAAAAGCUUUGACGGCAUUGAAAGGUGGGAAUAUACAUGAUGUACUUAACUGUAGAGCCCAGGGUAGGAUAAGGAUGUAUUGCACAGACAAGGCUGUUCUCUAGCAGUGCCUGGUGGCCCAAGGUGCCUAACGUUUGUCCAUGGGGGGCUAAAAGAUCUUGUUUUUUCUCUUAGAAAUCAUAUGCUGGGCACUGUGGAUAUUACAAGCUCAGAGCACUGGGCUCCCUUCAAUGUAUUCAAUUUCUUUUCUUUGUUGUUGUUUGUGUUUGAAGGCAAAGAAGUCAUGUCUUAUGAGAUGAAGCUUGGAUGGGGUAAAAGUGUCCCCAUACCACCGCAUCCUAUCUAUAUUCCCCCUGAAAUGCAAGAAGACACCACACCACCUCCCCCGUCAGGCUUGCCAUUCAAUGCUCAACCAGAUAAAAAGAAAGACAACUAUUCCAGUGCCCCUCCCCCUCAGGGAGGGGGUGAAGAACAGACACGUGAUCUUGAUACCAAUGGAUUCAACAAGGAGGUGAGAUAUGGAAGAUUGAUGCCCACAAUAUUUUAGACCCAUAGUUUAAUUUUUGCAGUUUCAUUCCUCUCUAAUUCUACAGUAAGUUUUAAAAGAGUUGUGUGGGGUAGUGUUUAGAUUUAAAAUAGUAUGUGAAUAAUGGGGUAGUAUGUUCCAUUUAAAAUACAGUGAGAUUUGUUUGUUUCAAAUUAUUUUUGUAUCAUUGUUUUGUUGUAAAGUGAGAUCUUCCUGAUAGGUUUGUCUCAUGUGAAGCUCUAAAUGUUAUUUAUGUGUACAUGUAUGUUUAAGACUCUUUUUGCUCUCAGUCAUUAACAAAAAUUAAUUUAAAAAAUUAAUUAGAUAUGUCGGCUGUGGUCUAAGAUUUUUUGAGACUUGACCUCUUGAUACAAAAGUGUAGUUUCAUUGGUGUGGUGUUGGUCUAAUAAGAGCAACAUUCAUGCAGCAAGUAAGAGUGGCCUAAACAAUUAUCCAAGACAUCUCAUAAGGAUAAAAGAAAAUUAAAGGAUAACUAAUUUACUUAAAAAUAAUGAUGUAGUUCAUUGUAGUAAGAAGUAAACAUUUUCACUCUUUGUCUUCCAACACCAUGACACAAUCCAGCAUAAUGCAGUGUAAUACUGUACUUUUAUGUGUAAUGGUAAUUACAUCUUAUAAGUUAUUUUUCUUAAUACUCACGAAGUCUUUGGCAAUUGCCUCUUAGACGUUAGCCAAUGCGGUCGUGAAAGUUGUAAUCCCGACGGAAAGGUACCUUUUUAAUGCAAACUGACUGUACGUUGUUGUUAUAUUCCCUUGUGGAAUACAUUGGCUGGUAUGUUUUCAAAAAGAUGUCUUUAUGCUGAACUUCAACAUUAUUUACAACUGAUAAUAGUGUCUCCUCAAAUUUUUGUGUAUUUACAUUUUUACCUUUUUCUUUUAAAUGUUAUUUGUUCUUCACAGUGUAGUUUUAUUUCUGUUUAGAAGGGUGGAAGUAAUGUAGAUCUUUUGGAGUAUUCUCGACAAUAAUCCCUUGUUGCAGUUUCGAUAGCAUUAAUUACAUUAACCAGUGUAGUGUUACCGCUCUCAAGCUCCUGUGCUAUUUAUGAAAUUCAAUAUGAAGUACUGUAUUUGGUUUUUUUGGCUUGGACGAAGUUGUCAACAUUAAUUUGAGUUAGUUUCAAAUUAAUGUGAGAAACUACAUCUCACCUUUAAAGUGUAAAGGUACAUGUACUUAGACCUAAGUUCACAUUGUGCUUUAUGACAAAAUUCAGUUUGCAUGGUACUAAAAAUCUGUUCUAAGCCUGAGCAGUCUACUAAGCCUGAUUAACGAGUUUUUAACUCUUCUGUGGUGAGUUUCAUGAUAGCUAACUUUGCCUAUUAUUUGUUGUCGUGGUAACCAUGUAAUUCCUACAGGAAUCUUCUGUGUCUUGUUCAUCGCAUGGUGGAGUUUGUGGUGCGUGAAGGACCCAUGUUUGAGGCAAUGAUCAUGAACAAGGAAUUAAACAACCCUAUGUACAGGUGGGUACACUUCUCUAACUUGAAAUGCCUGCAACAAAAACAAAUGGCAGUUUGAGUGAGAAAAUUGUCUACAGCUUAGAAGAGUUAUUGAGGGAGUUUAAGAUAUCAAGACAGUGACAGUGACAAAAAUGUCACUCAAAACAGUCAGUACUUAUUCUUUUAAACUUCAUUGCGAUUAUGCCAACUUGCUCACUUUUUCACUUUUUCCUGGAGUUGACUCCUUAGGACACGCUUUAAGCACAGAGAGAACGAAGAAACAUUUGUUGUCAUUUGUUUAUAUACCCCACAAAACCUGAAAUUAGACAGUUACACAUUGUAGUCCCAAAAAAUGUGAUACAAGUGCAGAUUUGUUGCUUUCUUGUUGCCUAUGCCAGCAUGACAUCUUAAACUCCCUGUUGUUAAGUCUGUGUGACACCAUUUGCAGAUUGAGUCUACAGCUGUAGAAGUAAACAUGUGUACGUAACAUUCUUAUUCUAGUAACUAUAUAAACUUUAUUUGGUUUGAUAAAUCAACAGGUUCUUGUUUGACAACCAGAGUCCAGAACACAUUUAUUAUAGGUGGAAGCUGUUUUCUAUUCUCCAGGUUUGUUUUUCAGCUUAUGGCUCUUUCUUUUGUGUUUUCACCACUUGUAUAUUGGUGAAAAUUAAGAAGAGCUGAUACAGUUAUUUUAUUUCUUCUCUAAAGGGCGAUUCCCCGACAAAAUGGCGAACAGAGAAAUUCAAGAUGUUUGAAGGUGGUUCAGUGUGGAAACCUCCCCAGUGUCAUCAGUACACCAUGAGUGCUGCAGCUUUUAAUGCCAAUAAACAACCAGUACCUCAAGUAGAAACCCCAGUACCACCUCCACAGGCUGCUCCAGCACCUUCUACACAGAGCGUCAGUAGCAGUUACAGCAGCAGUUCUCGGUCAACAUCAGCAGCCACAAGCAGUAGAAAGAAUACCUUAUCCAAUAGGUAAGAAAUGUUAGAUUUCAGAGUUAAUUCCCUUUUAGCUUUUUUCAAUAUUUUUACAUGUUUAAGGGGUGUAUUCUUUUACCUUGGAAAUAUUGAUGAAUUCUUCAGAAUGUCUCUUAGAAAUUAAAUGACCUCAGUUUAAAAUGUAUAUCGUUUUACAUAUCUGUAUUAUGUGUUCUUAUUAAUAUUUAUCAUUGUAGACAACGUGACAACCUGGAGGACAUGUUGCGGGAUUUGACUCCAGAGAGAAUUAAGAUUGCCAAGUGCAUGGUGUUCUGUGUCAAAAAUGCUGACUGUGCUGAGGAGGUAUGUACUCAAUCAAUCUCCAUAGCAUGCAUUUGAAUGACCACUGUGGAAGAUUUAAUCCACUGACUGAAAGUGAAAUUUUUAAAAGCCAAACUUUUGUACUUAUCAUGAUUUAAUAAUACGUAUAAAGGGUUCACAGCAUUCAAAUUUUUCACCUUUGAGCUGCAACUCGUCUGUAUGCAAUUUAGCUAAAAUAAAGCCUUUUUGUUCUCUGUUGUAGUUCUCAUUUAUUGUACAUAUUAAUUUGUUACAAUUGUCUUUGUUAUAAAUAAAUUAUGCUUAAUAUUACAGGUUGUUGAAUGCAUAGCAGAGUCAUUGUCAAUUCUGGAAACACCCUUGCAGGUCAAGGUGAGUUUCAACAGUACAGUUUCAACUCCCUUGGCAGUACAUUGAUGUGGCUUGACACAAUUGAGUUUUGUGUGAAAAUCCCACAAGUUCAGUUUUUAAAUCUGUCAGUUACAAUGUAGUUUGCGCAUGGUGAUUGGUCAAUUUUGCAUGCUGUAUUCUGCUGUGCAGCCCACUAAAUUUGAAAGUUUCCUUUCCUGUGUGCCCAGAUAAGGUCAGAGUGUAUAAAUAUUUUCCUCAGUGGGCUUGCUUAAGUUCAAGACUUUGUUAAUGUUGUUGUUUUACAUGUAAUGUCAUGUAGGUUGCACGUUUGUACUUGGUAUCAGACAUUCUUCACAACUGUUCUGUUAAAGUACCCAAUGUGUCAUACUACAGGAAGGGGUACGUAUUUUCUUUGUUGCCUUUUGUUUUUGUUGCUGUUGCAUGGUCAUAAAGUGUUAUCAGUUUGUUACUGGCUCCCCAGGUCCACCAUUGGCCAUUGUUGAAAUGUGAACUCUUAGAAAAAAAGUUAAUAACUUGAAUAAGUGAAUUUUGUGGCUACCUGUAUGUUAUAAAGAUUAAUCUUUUUAAAGCUGAUCUUUCAUCUAUUUUUUGGCAGAUUUCAGAGUUUUCUUCCUGAGAUAUUUGGUAACUUAGGCACAUCAUUCAAGGCCAUUAAUGCUCGCAUGAAAGCAGAGAACUUUAGAGUAAGUCCUUGAUUUAAAACAGAGAUAAGUAGUUAUUACUAAAAAUAAUAUAAUGCUUUUCUUACUGGGUGACAAAGAUGUUUACAUUUCCUGUUUAUUUAUGAUUGUAUGUUUUGCAGAAACAAGUUCUUCGCUGUCUUGCAGCCUGGAUGGACUGGGCUGUAUACACUCCAGAUUUCUUGUUUAAUCUUGAAAAUAUAUUUCUGGGCCAUACUGAAAAAAACAGCCAAUCAGAGGUAAGAAUGUUAUCAGACCAAGUAUUUUGGAAGAUUGAUCAUUCUAAAAAGACAACAAGCAAAUAAUCUGUAACAUGAUUUGUCUGCAUUUAUUUCUUUAUCUCAUAGUGCUAAUAUGUGUAAUCCAUAUUAUUUUUUCAUUCGUUAUUUCGUCCUCAUAUUUCCCUGUAUAUGACGAGCCGAUAUUAUUUAAUGUCCAGCUCCCAGUUUUCUUCCAAGCUCAGUUGGUUAGAGCUGAGCGCUGCACUGGUAUUGCAGAGGUCAGGGAUCGAAUCCCAGGAAACCUAAAAAUUUUCAGGCUUUCUUUUGGCAACUGCAUAAGUUGUGACGGUACUUAAGUGUGAUGAUUUCAGCAUUUAUUUAAUGAUUUCUGUGUUUGGUUUCAUUCUAUUUAGGCAUCAGAUCAACCUCUUAAACCUCUUUAUCCACUUGAUGAAAGCUUAGGGCGAAACAAAGUGGAUAUAGAUGGAGUACCUUUAGAUGUUGAUGGAGUACCAUUGAAAGCGCCAGAUUUUGAUGGUGUGCCUAUAAAAUCAAUGGAUGUGGAUGGUAUCCCCUUAAAAGCUGCUGAUAUUGAUGGUGUGCCACUCUCUGGCAGCAGUAAUAUUGAUGGAGUGCCAAGUGAGUAGCGACCGAGGAGUUGUCUGGACUUUAUUGCUGUAAAGUGCAUUAUCAUUUGGCUAAUGGUAGACAGGUACUUGGGAUGUAAAUUGCAAAGAGUCUACUGCUUUAAGCACACAUUACUUGAGCGGUUAGUAGCUGAAGAGUUCGAUUUUUAUCCCAAAAAUGCCUUAUCUCUACUAGUACAGAUGACAUCUUUUGUGCCAAGAAAAAACUCACCGAGGCUGGAGAAAAUUUUAAAAAUAGGCACAUGGUGAAUGGUUGGAAGGGGAUAGAGAGACCAUUUUUCAUUGUCUCUUGCACUGGUUGUUGAAAUUUGUUUUGAAAUUCUGUUGUGUCACAAUAGGAGUCAAUGAGAAGAGCCUGGAGUUUCCAAAUCAGAAAUUGAAUGUCAGUCUUAAAGGGAACCUCCACUUCAACAAAAAGAUAACUUUAAAUCACAGGAAUAACUGUUACAGUCAAGUCAAUCUUAUUUUUUAAAAAAAGCAACUUUUAGAUUAAGCCUAUUUUUGUUUUCAAAUUUUGCGGGCGUCGCAAAUAAUUGUGACGUGUUUUAAACAAAAGCUCUUUGUGUCAGAACAAUAGAGCAACCGUGAAUUAUUCAAGAUGGCGGCAAGAAAGUGAAAAAUAAGCAAAAUUCACUUUUCCUGAUAUAAACACUUUUUUUAAGACAAAUUUCGAACAAAUUUGUUUAUCAACAUAAUUUUAUUCGAUUUAAACUUAUUCUGUAGUAAGAGUGGAGGUUCCCUUUAAGCUUUUGAUAAAUAACUGUUUUACAGGUCAAAAAUGUUUUCAAGACUUGUGGCAAGCACAUUGCGGAUCAAUGUCCAUUGUUCAGUGUAAUUGUUCCUAUAAAAUAAAUCCUUAGUGAUAAUGAGAACUUCAUUAUAUGUUUUCUUUCAUUGACUCCAUGAUUCUGGUUUCCUUUUACAGUGGACAGUAAGAAGACUUCAGAGAAGUCACGUGACAAAGGUAUGAAAGAAUUUUACUUGCAGCAGAAUUUGUGAUAGUUGACAACUUGAUCUUCAUUGAUUUGAGUUGCAGUUCAAAACAACAGUUAAGUUAAUAGUGGCCCAAAUUAUUGUACUUUAACUCAGGUGAAUUUAACUCCUCGCAAGCUACAACCAGUGGCAAAAGUAGUUGACACACUUGUCCCUUCAUUAUUAAAUUCUGUUUAAACUCUGUAUAUCCCCCACCCCCGAAUUAUUGAUCUUUGUAGUUAAUUAGAAUAGAACAUUGGUUUGGGGGAGGGGGUGGGGAUACACAGGGAGAGGGAAUAGAUAUGUCCAUUUUAUGGAAGUGUCUCACCGAAUAAACUACAUUGAGGGACAACAGUGUACACGAGAAAUUUUGGCAAUUUAUCUAUAAGAUUUUCCUGAAGUACUAGCUUAUUGCGCAUUGAGAUUUCCAAUAUUGUAAUUUAUUUUUGUGAUCAGAUGUUCCUCAUUUUGCCUCGAAAUGGGAUCGACCCGAGUGGGAAAGAGUUGAGGAUCCAGCACCAAAGUAAGUCAGUGUUGCACUCAUUCAUUCCAUCCUAAGGUAACUGACAACAUUGGGAAGUUUGACAAUCUAGGUUACCUUUUUUCAGUUUUAGUCCUUCAAUCAGUUGUUGGUGAGCUUCUUUUGCUCUGAAGCAACUCUUCGAAAUUCGUAAUUUAAUUGUUCAGGUUAGCUCGCAAUGUAACUUUAAUGCU